GACAGCCUGAUGCGCGGUGCAAUUCAACUCCUCUCUCUCUCUCUCUCUCUCUCUAAACUCUAUACUUUUAUCUAAAAGUCACGUGCGUUGUGGCGGCCGAGUUAACUCACCUCCGACCUCUCCUGCUGUAGUUCCGGCGAUCGUAAUCAGCAAUCAAUUCGUAUCUAUAUACUUAUAUGAAUGUAUCGAUCUUAAGGUUUUCUAUGAUCUCCUAAGAAGUGCGUGUUCACAAUUCGAACAAUUUGUGAUCGACUGGUUGUUCAAUUCCUUGAUUGAUUGCUGUUGUUUGUGCUAUUCGAUGUGAUUUUUCGACGAUCGUAGUGAAUUGUGGUGUUCUAAUGGCAAGUAUGAAAAUGAUGACGAGAAAGGUCGGGAAGUAUGAGGUUGGAAGAACGAUCGGUGAAGGGACUUUCGCCAAGGUUAAGUUUGCGCAGAAUAUGGAGACUGGAGAGAGUGUUGCUGUGAAGGUUAUGGUCAAAAGCUCUAUACUCAAGCACAAAAUGGUUGAUCAGAUUAAAAGAGAGAUAUCCAUAAUGAAGAUUGUCAGACAUCCUAACAUAGUUCGGCUGCAUGAGGUUUUGGCUAGCCAGACAAAGAUAUAUAUUGUUUUAGAGUUUGUUACUGGUGGAGAACUCUUUGAUAGAAUAGUUCAUAAAGGAAGGCUCUCUGAGAAUGAAUCUAGGUGCUACUUUCAGCAACUUAUAGAUGCAGUUGCUCAUUGUCAUAGUAAGGGUGUUUACCACAGAGAUUUGAAGCCUGAAAAUCUUCUUCUCGAUUCCCAUGGAAACUUGAAAGUUUCUGAUUUUGGACUGAGUGCAUUGCCCCAACAAGGAGUUGAACUUCUUCACACCACUUGUGGGACGCCAAAUUAUGUUGCUCCUGAGGUUUUAUGCCACCGGGGUUAUGAUGGUGCUGCAGCAGAUGUCUGGUCAUGUGGAGUCAUCCUUUAUGUUUUAAUGGCUGGGUAUCUUCCAUUUGAUGACAUAGACCUUCCGACCUUGUACCAAAAGAUAAAUGUUGCUGAAUUUUCGUGUCCAAUUUGGUUUUCUCCUGGUGCAAAGUCCUUGAUACAUAAGAUCCUUGAUCCCAACCCAGAGAUUCGUAUCAAGAUUGAAGGGAUUAAGAAUGACCCAUGGUUCCGACAGAACUAUGUGGCUGUUAAACAAGGAGAAAAUGAAGACGUGAAUUUGGAUGAUGUUCGUGCAGUUUUUGAUGACAUCGAGGAUCAGUAUGUAAUUGAGCAAUCCACAACUAGUGAGAGGGGACCCUUAAUAAUGAAUGCAUUUGAGAUGAUUACCCUUUCUCAGGGGUUGAAUCUUUCAGCCUUGUUCGACAGGCGUCAGGAUUAUGUAAAGCGGCAAACUCGUUUUGUUUCCCGCCAGCCAGCUAAGCUUAUAAUUUCAACUAUUGAAGCUGUUGCAGAAUCAAUGGGUCUCAAGGUCCAUACGCGUUAUUACAAGACUAGACUUGAAGGAGUAUCUGCAAAUAAGAAAGGACCAAUUGCUGUUGUAUUGGAGGUUUAUGAAGUUGCCCCAUCCCUUUUCAUGGUCGAUGUUCGUAAGGCUGCUGGUGAUACUCUUGAAUAUCACAAGUUUUACAAGAACUUCUGUGCUAAACUUGAGCAUAUUAUCUGGAAACCAAAAGAGGCAAAUUCUACUUUGCAUAGAACGGUGACUAUUUGAUCCGUAACAUAUACAUGUUAUGUAGUUAUAGAUCUAAAAAGAUCGAUCCAUAGGCAUUUAGUCACCAUGUUGUUAUGCUUUAAAACUAAAUUACUUGUUUUAUGUAGUUUAUUCAGAUCAGAUUCACUUGGGUUGAUCAUUCUCAUCUUUGUAUUUAGAGAUUGUAUGUAUCGGAAAGUCAGUCGUCUCUGGUUGUAUAAAGAGUGAUGUGUAAAGUGAAGACUCUCUGAUUUAUGAACACAAAUUAUUAUGAAAUUGGCAAAGUUAGUUCGGCAUUCAA